CUCUUGUAAAUACGUAACCACAGGCAGAACCAAACACAACCACUGAGAUAGUUUUUCUUUAUUUUCUUUCUUGCCAAACAAGUUCAGAGUUUCACUCUUUAUAUACCAUCGUCCAGUCCUCAACUUCUUCUGAAUUUCUUUGGCUUCUUCGCCUAAACAAACGCACUCUCUCUCACAUUUUUCUACGAGUUUCUGAUCUCUAAGACCAACUCAUCCGCCAUGACUGACAAAGCUGAACCCUCCGACGCAAAGAAGGAUUUCUCGACGGCGAUUCUGGAGCGUAAGAAGUCGCCGAACCGACUGGUUGUGGAUGAGGCUGUCAAUGACGACAACUCCGUCGUUUCGAUUCACCCUAAUACCAUGGAGAAGUUGCAGCUUUUCCGUGGAGAUACGAUUCUCAUCAAGGGAAAGAAACGAAAGGAUACUGUCUGCAUUGCACUCGCUGAUGAUACCUGUGAGGAGCCAAAAAUCAGGAUGAACAAAGUUGUUAGAUCAAAUUUAAGGGUUCGUCUUGGUGAUGUGGUGUCUGUACACCAAUGCCCUGAUGUUAAGUAUGGAAAGCGUGUCCAUAUUCUGCCAGUGGAUGAUACCAUAGAAGGUGUUACGGGGAAUCUGUUUGAUGCAUUCUUGAAACCUUACUUUUUGGAAGCUUAUCGUCCUGUGAGAAAGGGGGAUCUCUUUCUUGUUAGAGGAGGAAUGAGAAGUGUAGAGUUCAAAGUCAUUGAAACUGAACCUGGGGAGUAUUGUGUAGUUUCACCAGACACUGAAAUCUUCUGCGAGGGGGAGCCUGUUAAAAGGGAGGAUGAGGAACGGUUGGAUGAAGUUGGUUAUGAUGAUGUUGGUGGUGUGCGGAAGCAGAUGGCUCAGAUCCGAGAGUUGGUGGAGCUGCCACUGAGGCAUCCUCAACUUUUUAAAUCAAUUGGUGUGAAACCACCUAAAGGAAUUCUUCUUUAUGGACCUCCGGGUUCUGGAAAGACAUUGAUAGCUAGAGCUGUGGCUAAUGAGACUGGUGCUUUUUUCUUUUGUAUUAAUGGGCCUGAGAUCAUGUCUAAAUUGGCCGGAGAAAGUGAAAGCAAUCUCAGAAAGGCAUUUGAAGAAGCUGAGAAGAAUGCCCCAUCCAUCAUUUUCAUCGAUGAGAUUGAUUCAAUUGCUCCUAAGCGAGAGAAAACACAUGGUGAAGUUGAAAGGCGCAUUGUUUCACAACUUCUGACCUUGAUGGAUGGGCUGAAAUCUCGUGCUCACGUUAUUGUCAUGGGUGCUACAAAUCGUCCAAAUAGUAUUGAUCCAGCUUUGAGAAGGUUUGGUAGGUUUGACAGGGAGAUAGAUAUUGGGGUUCCAGAUGAAAUUGGUCGCCUUGAAGUUCUGCGUAUACAUACCAAGAAUAUGAAACUGUCUGAAGAUGUUGAUUUGGAAAGAAUCUCAAAAGAUACCCAUGGAUAUGUUGGAGCUGACCUUGCUGCUCUCUGCACUGAAGCUGCACUACAAUGUAUUAGAGAGAAGAUGGAUGUGAUUGAUUUGGAAGAUGAAACUAUUGAUGCUGAGAUACUAAAUUCCAUGGCUGUCACGAAUGAGCACUUCCAGACUGCACUUGGAACAAGCAAUCCAUCUGCAUUGCGUGAAACAGUUGUUGAAGUCCCCAAUGUCAGCUGGGAUGAUGUUGGAGGUCUUGAGAAUGUUAAGCGGGAGCUUCAGGAGACUGUUCAAUAUCCUGUUGAGCACCCUGAGAAGUUUGAGAAAUUUGGCAUGUCACCUUCGAAAGGAGUCCUCUUUUAUGGACCCCCUGGAUGUGGAAAAACUCUGCUGGCUAAGGCAAUUGCAAAUGAAUGUCAAGCAAAUUUUAUCAGUAUCAAAGGUCCUGAAUUGCUCACUAUGUGGUUUGGGGAGAGUGAAGCCAAUGUUCGAGAAAUUUUUGAUAAGGCUCGGGGAUCUGCACCAUGUGUCCUUUUCUUUGACGAGCUCGACUCUAUUGCUACCCAGAGAGGAAGCAGUGUUGGGGAUGCUGGUGGUGCUGCCGAUAGGGUUCUGAACCAACUUCUUACUGAAAUGGAUGGCAUGUCAGCAAAGAAAACUGUUUUUAUCAUUGGGGCCACUAAUCGACCUGAUAUUAUCGACCCAGCACUUUUACGUCCAGGUCGUCUUGAUCAAUUAAUCUACAUUCCUCUCCCAGAUGAAGAUUCGCGUCAUCAAAUCUUUAAAGCUAACUUGAGAAAAUCGCCAAUCUCAAAAGAUGUUGAUUUGAGAGCAUUGGCAAAGUAUACUCAAGGCUUCAGUGGAGCUGAUAUUACAGAGAUAUGCCAGCGAGCUUGUAAAUAUGCUAUAAGGGAAAAUAUAGAAAAGGAUAUAGAGAGGGAGAGAAGGAGAAAGGAUAAUCCAGAGGCCAUGGACGAGGACAUGGAGGAUGAAGUGUCAGAGAUCAAAGCUGCUCAUUUUGAGGAGUCCAUGAAGUAUGCUCGGAGGAGUGUUAGUGAUGCCGACAUACGCAAAUACCAGGCAUUUGCUCAGACCUUGCAGCAGUCACGGGGAUUCGGAUCAGAGUUUAGGUUUGCUGAGUCGGGAACGGGGGCAGCUUCUGGUUUAGAUCCAUUUGCAGCUUCUGCUGGUGUGGCCGAGGAAGAUGAUCUGUAUAGCUAGGCUUUACCUCUACCUUGUACGCUUUCUAGUUUCGUUUUUAGCAAUGAUUGCAUUUCCCGGUUCUUAAAAGAGCACAGAAUAGAGAAGCAGGCUCCCUCCUUGUUUCCGUGAUAACUUUAUAUACUGUCGAGUUGCAAUUUUUCAAGUUAUUUUGGAUGAAUUAAUUGAAAGGAACUGAUAUUUCACGGA